CGGGUUGUUGGUAGACUGAAGUUAGUCGUGGCGAUACGAAGACGCACGAUCGUCCCCGAGCUUUGCCGAGGCGACGUAACCCUCUGUCCUUUCGGCGUAGCGCUUCGCCCCACCACAUCCAGUCGCGCCGCGAAUGCCAUACUGUGUGUCUCGUGUUCGUGCUGUCCCGUGCAUUUCUCCCUUGUAACGGCGUAAUAUUCGCAGAACGAAACCACACAUAAAAAGUAAGAACGUUUGCUUCUCACCACGCGCCACUCUCACCGCGGUCUUGUUCUCUCUUUUUGCCAUCGUGAAUUUUGUCUUUCAUCGAAGCCACUCUCGAGCGGCGAUCGUCGUGAAGUUCGGUGCGGACGGCGUGUGCCCUUCUGUUCCGCGUCGACGGAAGAAAGGAAAAAGCGACCGGGGGAGAAAGAGAAAGACGCGUGCUGCUCGCGGAAUUGCGGCACGAGGCGACGAACGUCGUCGUCGCCGCCCCGCUGCUCUGUCACCGGCCGAUGUGUGGAAAGUGCGCGACGAGUCAACGAGAACGCGUGAACGCGACGGCACAGGUGGCGGCGCUCUACCGUACUGAACGUUGCCGCUGACCGCGUGUAUCGGAAGAACGCGCGGAAUAAAAUCUCGUUUUGGGUGGAAUCCAUCGGCUCCGAAUUUCUUUCCACGCGCACUGGAUCGUCGCUGGUCGUCGCGCUCAUAAUCGGAGUAAGUCGCGAUAAAUCGGCGCGGAGUGUCGUUUUUUGGGGAGGAUCGAGGAUCGUAAGUUAAACUUUCGUGUUCUACGCGCGCGAAUCGCGAAAACAAGGGGGGGAGGCCAACGGGCGACAACGGGAGCAAAAGGAGUGAGUUUCGCGCGAAAAUGCAGUCCAGAUGGACGAUGACGUCGCGACGUCUGUAACAGCGGUCUCGCGUGUUAUCAUCGUCGCUUCGCGUGUUUUCUCGUCGUUUGUUCACGCGAAUCCGCACGGAUUCACACGGUGUAACACCACCGACGGACAUCAACGCGGGUUAUGACGCGCCGCCUCGCUUAAGGGACGCUUUCGAAGCGCGCAACGAGUUUGGAAGAGAGUCGCGCGAGUGCGAUGAGCACCGACGUACGACCGGGCGAGGAGCCGACCUCCUGGUCGGUGCCGGGCCAGCGGUCGACUUCCUUGGUGUCGAUGCCGCAGAAGUUCGGCGAUGCGACCCGCCGCGCGGAUUUCGUGUUCCCGAAUUGGGCGAUGGGCACCCUCUGCCUGAUCAGCUUUGCCAUGUGCGGCAUACUCUUCAUGCACGGUCUCGCAUUGGAAGCAAGGAUCACCACCCUGGAGAGAGAGUGUGUACGCGACCCGAGGUUAAGGUCGUCCCCGUCGUCGUCAUCGUCGUCGUCGUCCGAGGACUUCGGUGACAAGGAUGUAUACUUAACUUCCCUAAGGAGGUACUCGCGUGAUGUCUCCGAAUGCAAUUGUCCUCCAGGUCCACCCGGUGAGCAAGGAAAGAGGGGCAAGAAAGGAAAGAAAGGCGAUCCCGGGGAGCCCGGCCCGCCGGGUGUGGCCGGGACGCCGGGCAAGAACGGUUUUCCGGGACCCAUCGGCUUGGACGGACCCAAAGGUGAUCCGGGCCGACCCGGUGACAAGGGACAGAAGGGCGAGCUGGGCAGCCCCGGAUUCGAUGUCUUGUCCGCAGUGAAGGAACUUCAGGAGAAAGGGGUUAAUAUCUCAGCGCAGUCCAUCAUACAACUGAAAGGAGAGCCGGGUGAACCCGGACCGCCGGGACCACCCGGUCCGCCAGGAGCUGAGGGUCUUCCCGGACACGAGGGCAGACAGGGAAUUCCGGGCGAGGUCGGCGCCCCAGGAGAAAAGGGCCCGCCCGGACCGAUCGGGCCCGUCGGCCCGCCAGGCCCGUCAGGACUUUCGGGUCUCAAGGGUGACAAGGGUGAUAGAGGCGAUCGCGGCUUUACGACGAACUUCAAGGGCGAGCAGUUCCCCAGCGGAGUAUUCGAAGGCCCACCUGGUCCACCAGGACCUCCUGGGCCCCAGGGCGAGAAAGGAGAACUGGGCCCGACGGGACCGCCCGGCCUGCCAGGCGAGAAGGGUGCUCGGGGAAAGCCAGGGAAGAGGGGUUUCAAGGGUGAGAGCAGUGUGUCGUUGGCGAGGGGUGCUCCCGGCCUGCCGGGUCUGAAGGGUGAGCCCGGCGAACGGGGUUACCGGGGCGAAAAAGGCGCCAAGGGAGACUCGGGUUCACCAGGGCCCAAGGGAGAUAUGGGACCGCCGGGCUUGCCGGGUUUCAACGGAACCGAAGGCAUCGCCGGUAUCCAAGGACCUCCCGGAUUACCGGGAAUUGCCGGACCCAAAGGUGAGAAAGGCGAGUACGGUGACAUCGGUCCCCCCGGUCUUAUGGGACCUCCAGGUCUGCCCGGCCCACCGGGCUAUCCCGGACUGAAAGGCGAGAAGGGAGAGAAAGGUGAAUCGAAGUACAAAAAGCUCAGACGAAGACAGGGAGACGGCACGUUCGAGAUGAACAACGGCGAAGUGAUAAUGGGCCCGCCCGGACCUCCAGGACCUGCCGGCACUCCCGGACUGCAAGGCCCACCCGGGAUCAAGGGUGACAGAGGACACGACGGCGCCAAAGGCGAUCCUGGAGAAAAGGGUGCCAAAGGGGAUCCUGGUCCGAUGGGACUGCCCGGCCCCAUGGGACUGAGGGGAGAGUCCGGAAAACCCGGGGAUGCCGGGAAACCUGGCGCCAUGGGACCACCAGGAUUAGACGGCAUGAAGGGUGCACAGGGCGAACCAGGAACGAAGGGAGAACGAGGAGAUCCGGGAUUGCCUGGUACCGACGGGAUUCCCGGUGCGGAGGGACCGAAGGGAGAGAAAGGUGCCAAAGGCGAAUCUGGCCCGCUGGGUAAACGCGGCAGAAAAGGCGACAAAGGCAACAAAGGAGAUCAAGGCGUUCCGGGAUUGGACGCGCCGUGUCCGCUGGGACCAGACGGACUUCCUUUGCCGGGUUGCGGUUGGAGGCCACCGCAGCCGAGGAAUCGGGGAGUCAAUAUCCUGAGCAAGUGGCUGGAGGAGGAGGAAGAGGAGGAAGAAGAGGAAGAGGAGAACGACCGGCAGUGAUGUUGCAAGGACAAUAGCGCAUUUUGUUUUUCUUUUUUUUUUUUUUUCAUAAGAACUAUCAUACAUCUCUCUUCUGUUCCCGCCUCCGUCUCGUUACGACGACCGCGUUAUAAAACACACAAAAAAAUAUACAUAUAUAUAUAUAAAUAUAUAUAUAUAUUAUAUAUAACGUCAAAAAUAAUUACAUCUUGCCAUCGAGUGUUGUAAAUAUGUGUACUUACAGUGUCUAGCGUCCGCAGUGCGUGUACAUAAAGUAAUUAGAGCUUACUGCGAAUCACACACACACAAGUAUACGGUGAUCGAUAUCAUCCGCAAUUGAUAACCACUUUCGAUUCCAAGUGCGCGGCUUUUGCACCUCACGUGUGAGAAAAAAAUAGAGGAAAAAGAUCUGGAAAAUAUUUAAAACUACCACGAAGAGACACAUUGUGGAGUGCGACCGGGGAAGAGGUAAUCUCAGAAAAGAAGCGGAGGACUGCUAAAAAAAAAAAAAAAAAAACACGUUUUCGGGAACAUACGUGACGGUGCGAGGCAACACGUUUCCUAAAUCGAAUGAGGAUUUUUGGGACGAACUGAGAAGAAUAUUCUCUCUUCGCGGAUAUUCUUGAACAAGCACGACGACGUACGGACGAAGAAGGAAAAAAACCAACAUCGCGCUGACGGAUUAGCUCUCAGUCACGGGCUGAAGCGCAUCUAAAAAUUUCUUUUUCACGAUACAAUACUUUAAGAUCAUUGAAUUGCCCGCUUGUACACACACAGAUGUUCUUGAAAAUUUGUUACAAAACUCUCGUGUAUUCUCAACGAUUUUUGUGCAAUCAGACCGCCUCUCAGCUAAUCCGUACUUGUGAAGAGAUUUUUGCCACAGAGCCAACGAUGUAAACUCGCGCGUUGAUGUUCACAAAUAAGAAAACAAAAAGUGUGAGAAAGAGAGAGACAUUUUUUGAUAUGUGACUAGUUUUGAUUAGUGGCGCGCACUCCGCGUGUUACGUCCCGUCUAGAUUAGAAUCGUAUCGCGCUAGGAGCUGUAACGCGUUUUAAGAGAAAGAAAAAAGUACUGACUUUGUACACACGUACAUAUGUAUAUAUGUACGUACGUACAUAUAUACACAUACACACACACACACGCGCACACACACGUACACUUUGUCAAUACUUUCCGAGGUAUCGUUAAAAUAAAUCAAGUAUAAGUGUAUAUCUUCUUCGAUGUCAUACAGAACAAUAUUGGACCGCCGCGUCGAGGCUGUUCUCUCGUUUUUAUCUCUCGCGGACGUUUGCAGCCCGUGUCCCGCACGCAAAUAUUUUCCGUACAUGUCAAAACGAUGUUCAUACAAAAAAAAAAAAAAAAAAAAAAAAAAAA